AGGCUCGGCUGCGGGGGCGGGGGCCGAGCAGCCGGGGACUUUCAGGAACUGCAGGAGCGGGCGGCGGCUGGAGUCGCCGAGCGCCGAGACUCGGGCCGAGGCGGAGCCUCCGCCGCGCCGGGCCCUAUUCGUAGCCGCGCCGCCUUCGCCAUCGCCCUCGCCCGCCGCGGCGCGGGAGACGAGCCGGCCGUCCCGGGCCGGGGGAGACACUCGCCAUGGCCUCCAAGGCUCGGGUUAUGUAUGAUUUUGCUGCUGAGCCUGGAAAUAAUGAACUGACGGUUAGUGAAGGAGAAAUCAUCACAAUUACAAAUCCGGAUGUUGGUGGAGGAUGGCUGGAAGGAAGAAACAGCAAAGGAGAACGAGGACUUGUUCCCACCGACUAUGUGGAAAUUUUACCCAAUGAUGGAAAAGAUCCGUUUUCUUGUGGAAAUUCAGUGGCUGACCAAGCUUUCCUUGAUUCCCUCUCAGCAAGUAUCGCUCAAACCAGUUCAUCAGCUGUCAAUAGCAACAAUCAGGUCAGCGGUGGCAGUGACCCCUGGUCAGCCUGGAAUGCCCCCAAAUCUGGGAACUGGGAGAGCUCAGAUGGCUGGGGAGCCCGGCAAGAGGGGGCAGGCGCCCAGAAAAACACUGCCAACAACUGGGACACUGCCUUCGGACACCCCCAGGCCUACCAAGGCCCAGCAGCUGGUGAUGACGAUGAGUGGGAUGAAGAUUGGGAUGACCCCAAGUCCUCUUCUCCUUACUUUAAGGAUCCAGAAUCCGCUGAAACAGGAGGUGUUCAGCGAGGGAACAGUCGUCCAGGUGCCUCCUCCAUGAAGCUGCCACUUAACAAAUUUCCUGGAUUUGCAAAACCUGGAAUGGAACAGUAUUUGUUGGCCAAGCAGCUGGCAAAGCCCAAAGAGAAAAUUCCCAUCAUUGUCGGAGAUUAUGGCCCAAUGUGGGUUUAUCCUACCUCAACAUUUGACUGUGUGGUAGCAGAUCCCAGGAAAGGCUCCAAAAUGUAUGGCCUGAAGAGCUACAUUGAAUACCAGUUAACACCUACUAACACUAAUCGAUCUGUAAACCACAGGUAUAAGCACUUUGACUGGUUAUAUGAGCGUCUCCUGGUUAAGUUUGGGUCAGCCAUUCCGAUCCCUUCUCUUCCAGACAAGCAAGUCACAGGUCGCUUUGAAGAGGAAUUUAUCAAAAUGCGCAUGGAGAGACUUCAGGCCUGGAUGACCAGGAUGUGUCGGCACCCAGUCAUCUCAGAGAGUGAAGUCUUCCAGCAGUUCCUGAACUUCCGAGAUGAGAAGGAAUGGAAAACUGGAAAGAGAAAGGCUGAGAAAGAUGAGGUGGUGGGAGUUAUGAUAUUUUCCACCAUGGAACCAGAGGCACCUGACUUGGACUUAAUAGAAAUAGAACAGAAGUGCGAGGCUGUGGGCAAAUUCACCAAGGCCAUGGAUGAUGGUGUGAAGGAGCUGCUGACCGUGGGGCAGGAGCACUGGAAACGCUGCACGGGGCCAUUGCCUAAGGAAUAUCAAAAGAUAGGAAAGGCCUUGCAGAGCUUAGCAACAGUGUUUAGUUCUAGCGGUUAUCAAGGUGAAACAGAUCUCAAUAAUGCGAUAACAGAAGCUGGAAAGACUUAUGAAGAAAUUGCCAGUCUCGUGGCAGAACAGCCAAAGAAAGAUCUCCAUUUCCUGAUGGAAUGUAACCAUGAGUAUAAAGGCUUUCUUGGCUGCUUCCCGGAUAUCAUCGGUGCUCACAAGGGAGCAAUAGAAAAAGUGAAAGAAAGUGAUAAGCUGGUUGCAACUAGUAAAAUCACUCCACAAGACAAGCAGACUAUGGUUAAGCGAGUUGGCACCAUGUCUUAUGCUUUGCAAGCUGAGAUGAAUCACUUUCAUAGUAACCGGAUCUAUGACUACAAUAGCGUCAUCCGUCUGUACCUGGAGCAGCAAGUGCACUUUUAUGAAACGAUUGCAGAAAAGCUGAGGCAGGCCCUCAGCCGCUUUCCAGUUAUGUAGAACAGAAUGGAACAUGAAGAAAUCUCCAAAGUGCUUCUUUCUGACUUGGGGCAAUGCAAUUCAAAGUUUAUUUUUUCCUAUCAUUUAAAAAAAAAAAAAAAAAGAAAAGAAAACCAAAAAGAAAUGAGUUGGAAAAAAACUUUUCUUUAUGAACCAGCUAAAAUGCAUUGGUUAAUUGGUUAUUUAGGGAUGAUCUUCUUAUGUUCAUUUCCCACUCAUUAUUUAAACCAAUGGAAAUUGUCUGUAUUUUUGGAAAGUACUUAAAUUUAUCAGAAUUUUGAAUGGAGAAUUAAAGGUUCCCCCACUUAUAUUUUACAAAAAACUGUAAUUUAUAUGUUACCCUUGAUCUUCUAGUUCUUACCCAAUGUCAGAUAAUUACUAAUUGCUUUCUUAAAAAUAUGAAAUAUGCCAGAAUAAAAAACAUAUGUUUGUA